CCAGGGGGCUCCUAAGACUCGCGUCAUUCGCCACUCGGGCUGGCUUAUAAAAAACUCCACCGGGGCCCCAGAUCAUUUUUAGUUUCAAUUCUUUCGGAAGAAGCCUCGCUGUGCCCAGCUGGGGAACGUCACCCUGGCGGAGCCAAGAACCCAGCGAAGGGGUCCGGCGGGUGCGGAAGUCGCCGGCAGACCCGCACGCGCCGUUCGCUUUCUUUCCCUUCGGCUGCCGUCGCGGUUCACUUUCAGUCCGGCACGGGGAUCGGGUCGGCGAGUUCCGGCCUCCCGACCCAGGGCCGAGCGGGAAAACGAAACCGCUGGGCUCAGCUAACGGCGGCGAGGAGCGCGCGCUCGCUGGUCCCGGGCGCGCCCAGCGCAGCACCGCCCGCUCCCGCCCCCGCCCCCGGGGCUCCUAUAAGUUUCGAUUCUCCCCGGAGCAGCGUCCCGCGCCGCGGCCGGCCAGCGCAGCGCGCCAUGGCGGACCCGGAGGUGUGCUGCUUCAUCACCAAAAUCCUGUGCGCCCACGGGGGCCGCAUGGCCCUGGACGCGCUGCUCGAAAAGAUCGCGCUCACCGAGGCGCAGCUCCGCGAAGUGCUGGAGGCGGCUGGGCCCGACCGAUUCGUGUUGCUGGAGACCGGCGACAGGGCCAGGGUCACCGGCUUCGUGGUGGCUACCACCCGAGCCCGGGUCUGCCGUCGCAAGUACUGCCAGAGACCGUGCGAAGACCUGCACCUCUGCAAACUCAACCUGCUGGGCCGAUGCCGCUAUUCGCAGUCGGAGAGGAAUCUGUGCAAAUAUUCUCACGAGGUUCUCUCGGAAGAGAACUUCAAGGUCCUGAAAAAUCAUGAGCUCUCUGGACUGAACAAAGAGGAAUUAGCCGUGCUUCUCGUCCAAAGUGACCCCUUUUUUAUGCCGGAGAUAUGCAAAAAUUAUAAGGGAGAGGGUCGAAAAGUUAUUUGUGACCAGCAUCCAUCAUGCGAAAGACUCCACAUCUGCGAGCACUUUACCCGAGGGAUUUGCGGUUAUGCCAACUGCCUCAGGUCCCAUAACCUGAUGGAUAGGAGGGUGCUGGCCAUCAUGAGGGAGCACGGGCUGAGCCCCAGCGUGGUUCAGAACAUCCAGGAUAUCUGCAACAGCAAGCACGGCCGAAAGAAACACCCCAGGGGCAAAGCUCCUUGCUCCCAUCGUAGAGAUGUGGCAUACAGAGGGAGAAGCAAGAGCAGAGAACGAUCGUUUCAGGGCGGUCCAGAAUUUCUCCCACCUGCUUCCGCUUCUACUCAGAAGUCCAGCACCCCCAGUUCAGAUCAAAUCGGCCACAGGCCUCCCCUGGAUGACAUGCCCGUAGGGGAGCUGGCCCACAAGUUCAUGCAUUUGGGAAGUCAAGAUUGCCCUCAGCCUUCCCCGGUCUCGCCUAAGGUUGAUAAUCUUGGAGGAACAGGUCACAUGGAAAGAAGCCAGCGGUUUUCAGAGAAUGGCGGUCCAGAGGAUGUCUUUUUCGGGAAUCAAGGCAGCACUUCCCUCCCUUCUGACCCAAUGCCAGCUUCCAACCGGAGGGGCCCUGCGUCCUGGCUGAAUGACAAAGGCACCGGGAGAGGGAGUUUGUUUGCCCAGAGUCAGGCUGCCUCUGGCUCCCCUCUGGGUUCUCCACGGACACCUGAAACCACAACCACCAGAAAGAGCGCGGGGAUGCUUUCCACAGAUGGCACGAAUGCCGAGGGCAGAAGCGGGAAUCAAAAUGUCCAGUAUUUCUCGCUUUUCGAUAAUAAUGUUGAUGGAGCGGCCACAGAUGGAGCUUCCACAAGUUGUCUAAAUUACAAAACCACAACCAGCGGCCAGAGAGAAAAAUCGUUACCUAGGAAUCAGGACACCGGAACUACUCACGGUGGUCUCCAGACCACUGGCAAGAUUACAGAUGGCGCUGAUCCAGCAGCGGCCUCUGUGAACAGUAACCACAGUGAGAAGACAGUUUGGCCUGGUAAAUCCAUCCACAGCACACCAAAUGGCUCCAGUCGAGUGGCGGACGAAACCACUGAUGUAAAUAAAACUGGUGCCUCUGGUUUUGGCUUCACAUUGACCUGCAGAGGGGAUAAAAACGUGUUGUACUUUGAAAGUCCGGGUCUGGGAGCCCAAGUCCUGCCAACUCCUCAGGAGACCCCUGCCCCCACACAAGUCAGCACUCUGCCCAAGGUGCCACCUUCUACAUCCUUCUCAAGCAACAGAGCUGCAGCCUAUGCAACCCAUGGUCCGAACUCUGCCCAGAUCUCUGCUGGCCCUGCCGGUGACCUUGUAGGUCCAAGCUGUGAUUUGUAUUCUGCAUCUGACGUUGAGAAUACCAGCUCUUCCAGGAUGGAUGACUGUGGCCCACAGGAAAUUUGUCUUGACCAUCUGUGUAAAGGUUGUCACCUUGCAAGCUGCAACAAAGUUCACUUCCACCUGCCUUACCGGUGGCAGAUAUUACUUGCAAAUACCUGGAUGGACCUCCAGCCCAUGGAGAACAUUGAGAAGGCCUAUUGUGACCCCCAGAUCCACAGCUUUUCUAUUGGAAAUAAAAACAUCAACUUCCAGAUGAUGGUUUGUAAUUGUAAUCCUAUCCGGCGUAUCUCCACACCUUCAUCUGUCACAGUGCUGACCAAUUUUGUCUUUGCCACAAAAUGGAUUUGGUACUGGAGGAACAAAUCCGACAGAUGGGUUCAAUAUGGGGAGAAGGUCGACAAACAGCAAGCUGCAAACGUCGACUCUUCGUACCUGGAGUCUUUCUUUCUGUGCUCUCCGAGGGGAAUUGUGCCAUUUCAGGCGGGUUCACAGAGCUACGAGCUGAGUUUUAUGGGGAUGAUUCAAACAAACGUAGCUUCCAAGACCCAAAAGAAUGUUGUCAGAAGGCCAAAAUUCGUGUCUUACGAGGAUGUGGAACAGAUUAAAAGGGGGUUCAAGCAUCAGCCGGUGCAGACCCUGUCAGAGCCGUUAACCUCGACAUUGUUCCCUCAGCAGGAGUUCGGCUUGAAUGGUUAUGAGCUGUUAGAGAUCAAUCAGCAGACUCUGGAAUAUGACACAAUAAGCGAGCGUUUUAAAGCUUCCAUGAAAAAUUUCAAGAUUGAAAACAUAAAGAAGAUCAAGAAUACAAAGCUUUUGAAUGCUUUUGAAAGGAAGAAAAUGAAGAUGAACAACAAAAGGGAAAACAUCCUGUUUUGUGCCACAAGCCGCGCCCAUGUGGAGUCUAUCUGUGCGAAUAAUUUUGACUGGAUCUUACAUGGGACUGAUGAAAACAAAUAUGGAAGAGGAAAUUACUUCAGAAAAGAUGCCAUCUAUUCCCAUAAAAAUUGCCGGUAUGAUACCAAAAACAUCGUGAUGUUUGUAGCUCGAGUCCUGGUUGGAGAUUUUACUCAAGGAGCUGUGGGAAGCAUAAGCCCUCCUCCACCACCAUAUGACAGCUAUGUGGAUGCAAGGUUGAAUCCCUCCGUGUUUGUCAUCUUCGAGAAAGAUCAGAUUUACCCAGAAUAUGUGAUUGAAUAUACUGAACUAGACAAAGCCUGCGUGAUUAGUUAGAAAUGAUGACUACAGCGUCAUAAAGGAGGCCAUAACCAUUCUGUUCAUUACAGAGCCAGAUUGCCCCAGAUAGUAAACUUGUACAUUUCCUCAUGUAGUUAUCAAAUUGCCUUAGAUCAAUGGUUCCCCAAUUUUGUUAACACAUUUGAAUCAUCUGGGAAGCCUUCUAGCAAUCCCAAUGUUCAGACUGCAUCCCAUUCCAACUAAAACACUUUCUGCUGUGAGAGCUGGGCAAUGGUACUUCUAACUCCCAAGGAUUCAAAUGCGUCCUAAAGUUUGGGAACCACUGUCUUAGAUGUAGCUGGGAACGACUGACUUCUAAAACUGCUGUCACUGCUAUAAGUUUCUCUCCCAGCUACUCUUCGUUUAUUGUACGCAAUGGUUUUGUUUUGGUUAAAUUGCAAGAAAAUUAACUUGGGCAAUUUGAGAGGAAUCUAAAAACGCCUUUUGAUGUAAGGACGUAAGACAGUACUGCCUUUGGAUGGAAGACUGGAAAGUUGGAGGGGGAGGUGUAUUUUUUGGAAAAUGCUGGGGAGGGGGGAAGAAAAGGUAACUUAAAUGGUAUUAUAGCUAUAACUGCAGUAUUGUAUCUUCGUAGUAAAUCUGAGUUGGGGCAUAUAUUUCUUUAUCUCUGCGUUUAUUUAGGGGACUCCAUCCAGGUUGAUUCUCUGGAAUGCAAUAAAAAGAGCCACAAAGUAUGGCUCAGAGAGAAGCAACCAACUGGAGUUUACUGCCCAAUUUUGGGCUUUUUAUAUAUAUGAUUAUAGAGAAGGUUUUUCAGGUUGGACUUUCAUGAAGUAGUUGUAUUUUGGGGGGAUAUGAGUCACGGUAACCAGAUUCACACAAAUAUUACUGAUAAACCUGAGUGCUAUUUGUAGUCGUUUGGUGUAGCAGAUGAGACUCACCAAGGAAUCAGGAGCCGGGCCAUCCCUACUGGAGGGUGGGCCCCUUAAGGAGGCGAGAUGUGUUUCCUGGUGAGCGCGGAGUCAGAACAAAGAAAACGCCUCAAACAGGCCUUGCACCUGCAAGGGGCUUUUUUCUACAUAUAACGGAUUGUUUGCAAGUGUAAGUACAGUUUUAAAGCAGUUGAGGGUCCUAGACCAAGAGUUCCUUCCUUAUAACGAAUCAGGUUUUUCCUUUCAACAUUGUGUAACAUUCAUUCGCCAAAGUUUCCUGUUACAGUUCCUUCUAGCAGACAGAUUAUAAAAGUUAAUUAACAUUAGAGUUGAUUUUGUAUUAGUCAGAUUGUAGAUCAGUACAGACAUCUGCACAACCCCUUGGUUUCAAGGACUCCACCAGUAACAUGUAUAGAGAUUUUUUUAGGGCAGGGUUAUUUUCUGGGAGGCUUGCCACAAAUAAUUACUCUAAUGCACUUUUGUUUUUUUUCCCUUGAAUGGUAGCUCCUGUUUGGAGUUUUCAUUUCCUGCUCUUGGUUCUCACAUUUUCAGAGAUGCAGUUUGUCCAACUCUGAUUGCCCAGUAGACCUCUCUGUUUGGAUAUUUCACAGGCAUCUCUAAGGCAAUGUGUCCUAGGUGGAAUUCUCUACCUGCCUCCCUCAAACGAACCAUUUUCUCCCUCAGUGUUCUAUAGUCAGAAGUCAUUCUUGACUUCUUCCUCUCCUCCCAAGCUGUUCCCAAGUCCAGUUUUACUUCUGAAAUAUUUUUUUGUCCCCUUCUGAGAUACUGUUUACUUAGUAGUAACAAUGGCCAUAUUUAAAAAUUUUUUCCUUAAUCUUGAAAAACACAGAUCUGAUCAUGCUUUUGGAAUAAAGUUCACAAUCCUUAUUAUGGCCCCACAUGAUUAUGAUUUCUCCCUUCCCUGCCCUCUGAUAUUUAUUUUCUUCCACACAAGCCACACUGGCUUCCCUUCUUCUUUGGUUCCCCUUUCCUCCUAGCUCAGUGGUUCUCAAUUGGGACUCCUGCCUUUUUCGUUUUUGGGUUUUUUUUUUUAAUGACAAAUACAUUGUAACAUCUGUUUCAUUAUCCUCAAAAUGAAUUCAAUGGUCAUAUACUCUACCUACACAUAAUUGCCGAAAUAAAUUUAAAACUAGUUAACAUUAACAUAAAAGGGAAAUAAAAGGCACAUUACUUGGGCACAACUAUGUUAGAAGACCUAGUCAGAUGUUUAUACCUAAUGUGUAAAUUUAAAAGAAGGUAGAAAGUCAAAACUGAUUUUAUACAAAGAAGUAUAAGAAAAUGAAAAAGCAGGGAAAGGAGUGGACCUUAGAAUAAAAACUAGUGAUGCAUAACUUGUUUGCAUAUGAUAGUACUUAUAAGAGAAAUAUCGAAAUAGAAUGUUAAUUGAAAUAAACAUAUUAUGCAAGGAAAUCUACAGAUUGUCGAGAUGGAGAAAAUGAGGAAAUACAGUAUUUUUUGCAGACGAGCUGUAGGUUAUACAAGAAUGUCUAGCGAGACAUUCAAAAUUCGUAUAGGGUGCACAGUAGUAGUUUCUUACUGUGAGGAACUGUCCAGAAUACUGUAAGAUGUUCCGCCUACUUGGCUCUCAUGUACUCAAUGCCAAUAGCACCCUCUCUUCCCCUCCACUUAUGGUGGCAACUAUAAACCCUAGCAGAUCUUUUCACCCUUUUCAGAGCAAUAACAUUUUGUCACAUCUCCUUUGUUGGCCUGAGAGGAAUCGUAGGGAAUACAGUCUACUUACACACAUGGAUUUCUUUAAGAAGCAAUUUAAUGCCCCAACUCUAUUAUAAUGGAGAAAUAGAAGGAAAGAAAUUUGUAAUGACAAUAAAAUGAGUUUCAAUAUGUAAAUGCUCAGGCAUGACUAUUCUAUACGACAUCACGAAGUAGAUACUUACCCCUACUUACAAUGAAUGGGUUGGAGUUUCAGAGUUGUCCAGAGGCUACUUCCUAUAAAGAAGUACUGGGAAAUGAAAGAUUUAGAGGUAUGUGUGAGCGUAGGAUGAAAACAAGUGUUAGGGUAAGUCGUAACAGACCAUAUAUCUUAACUGUAAGAAACAGAGCGAAAUUGCCUUAACUGAAAUAAGGAUAACGGACUGCCUAAGAGGAAAAAAUGAAUGGUAUUCUCUCAGGCGAGCUGUAGGUCCUACAUAAAUGUCCAGUAGGACGUUAAAAAGUCGUAUAGGAUACCGAAUAAUUCUUCUUUGUGUGGGACUAACCCAUCUACUGCAGACAUGCGUUCUCCCUGGCGGCAUCCACUCAAUGCCAGGAAUAGUUCCCAAUAAUUAUGAAACCAACAACCUAUCAAUUUCUAAAAUCCCACCGUGAGAACCACUGACUUAGUUCAUGUCUUAGUAUCCUCAGAUCAGUUUACUAUUCCCUCCAUAAGGAGUCUUCUGCAUCAGAUGAGAUGCUUGCUUCCCAAACCCCCAGGUUUUAAAAGUCUUUGUGCCUUUCUUUGUUCAUUUUUAGCAUCUGUCCACCUUGCAGUUAUCUACUUUCUGUAUUAGAAUGUAAGCUCCUUGAGGGCCGAGUCAACCCGUCUUAUUUACUGUGCCAUACCUGAUACUUGCCUGAAUGCUUGAUUGGCUGAUACCUCGGAUGCCUUUUGUUGAAUAAAGUAAGCUCAACUAUUUAUAUUUCAGUAGUUCAGUUGUAUUUCUUCUUCUUCAAGCUUAAUUCUAGACUAUCCAAUAAAGAGAAAUAUUAAUUUUGC